AUGGCAGAGGGGCCCGAGGAAGAGGAGUUUGUAUGCGUGGUGGAGGAGCUGCAGCAGCAAGAGGACAAAAUCCAGCUCAAAAAUGCUGGACAAAGGGUCCAGCCCAUUCUGAGUCGGAGCACUGUGGCAUCUAUUGUCGGGCUUUUUUGGAAUGAGAACAGAAUCCACACAUUGCCACACACUGGUGGCAGAGGAAAGAUAUUUAGUAUUGAACAGGAGUCUGCCAUUGUAGAUAUGGUAGUGGCAAACAAUGCAAUCAGACUGCGUGAAAUCCAGGCAGCAGUAAUUGCAGAUCAGGGAGCAUUUAGAAAUAUAAACAGUGUGAGUUUGGCAACUAUAGAUCGAGUCCUUAAACGAAACCAUGUCAGAAUGAAGCAGCUGUACAGAGUUCCAUUUCAAAGAAACUCUGACAUCGUAAAGGAGGCACGAUUCCAGUAUAUGCAGAGAAUAAUGGAGCUUGAAGCUGAAGGGGCACAUCACAAAUUCAUUUUUGUGGAUGAAGCCGGCUUCAACCUCUGUAAAGUGAGGCGACGCGGGAGGAACAUCAUUGGGCAGAGGGCCACUGUCACAGUGCCAGGUCAGAGGGGUGCCAAUAUCACCAUGUGUGCUGCCAUCUCCAAUGAUGGAGUCCUUUGCCACAUACCAACUAUUGGCCCAUACAAUACAGAACGCCUCAUCACAUUUCUUGAUGCAUUGAAAGAAUUACUGAUUCCACCCGAAGAGAGAGGGCUGUUGAGGCCUGGCCAUGACUCUGUAUGUCAUAAAUUUGGGACAAUGUGGCUUUCCACCACUCUCGCCUUGUGA